AUGGCUGUUUGCAAAAUCGUUUUGACAGCACUGUGCGUCGCUGUCGAGGGAACAAAGUCCCAGCGAAGCAGCGAUCCCAACACCGAAGCCAGCAGCAGCAGCAUGUUGUCUUCAGACCCACAACAAGGCAAACGGGAUAAGGAAGACGGAAGUCGGUAUCGAUCCCUGCGACCUGGCUCGAAUAGACUCAGGUCACGACGGCCAGACGAGUACCGGGAUACGUUCGGCGAGUCCCGCUUCCCGAGAUCGAGGUACUUUCCAGACUACUACUCGGACAUUUCGUCUUCCGGCGGCCCGAGCAGUUACGGGUACGCGAGACGGCCGCCGGUGGCGCCGCUGAACCGAUUCUCCCGGAGGAGAUUGGCGGCGCCCGUCCGACCGGCGAGUCGAUACGGAAGCAGCAGGUACAGCAGCAGGUACGGAGACCCCGAGUCAUCCCCAUCCUCGUACUCCGAGCCCCAUUACCGCCGAUCAUCAAAAAAGUCAAGCCGUCGAAGCAAGAAGUCCGACACCGACAGCGAAACCACAAACAACAACAACAACAAUGAAGAAAACGGCGACUCCACGACGCAAGGACCCGUUGGGGAAUCGGGCCACUACGAAUCGACCAACGAAGGCAAAGGAAGCAGCGGGCGGAAAAGUACCCGGAAACUGGAUCCCUUGCUGCGCCGCAGAGGCGGCCCUCGUCGUCGAGCCAACAACCGCCGCCGGGACACAGAGCGCCUCUACGACCAGCCGAUCCGACGAUUCGAGGACGGAUCCCAGGCCCGAUCCGACGCCUAUUUCGCGCCGUUCAACCGUCGAGUCGCGGAACGGCUGGGAUCCAAAACGAUUUACAGUGCGAAACGAUUCGGAUUUCGGGGAUAAAAGUGACGAAACAAAACUCUUUAAAAAAAAAAAAACAAAAGAAGGUAACCCUUCCGCAUUCGCGAAUUUGAAUACCAAGAACAGUUGUUAAGCGAAUGAUUUUCAGCGGAGUCCUUUUUUGCGCGAUUCUAGACUUGAGCAAAAAAAACUGUUCACUUGCACUCACCUCAGUUUUAGAAACAAUUCAUUUUCAGGCUCCUUGAAAAUAACGUUGUAAAGUACCGUAAUUUUUACGUCGGUUUUACCAUGAUACUCAGUAUAG